AUGACAACCUCGCGACCGCUCGUCGUUGGUCCCUCGUCGGGCCCCGAACCACCAUAUCCCUUGCGAAUGGAAGGCAAGGUCAUCAAGGGAUUCGGAAGGGGCUCCAAAGAACUAGGCAUUCCCACCGCCAACCUCCCUGUCGAUGAAAGCUCGACACCGUGGAUUGCUGACGUCAAGUCCGGGGUAUACUUUGGCUGGGCCUCCCUUCGCCUACCCUCGUCUCAUCCGAACCAUCCGAUGCCAUCAUCAGAGGCGCCUUCCGGAUUCAGCAUUUAUCCCAUGGUGAUGUCGAUUGGGUACAACCCAGUCUACAAGAACAAGGAGCGUUCAGCUGAAGUGCACGUCCUGCAUGACUUUAGCGCCGACUUCUAUGGCGUCGAGAUGCGGCUUUUGAUCAUGGGGUUCAUCAGAGAGGAGAAGGACUACCCGUCCCUAGAUGCGUUAAUCGAGGAUAUCCACACAGACUGCGAUGUAGCGCGCAAUAGCCUGAAUCGCGAGGCGUGGACACUGCGGGAAACGGGGAACGGGACGCUAGAUGGGAGCUGGCUGCUGAAGAAGAUCGACCUCGCCUCGGAUGGCGGCCACCUGCUGCCAACCUACCCGGAUGUCAGCCUCGCUUUCAUGGACAAGGCAGGAAUUGACAUGGCAAUCCUCUCCUUUCCCGAACUUCCCAGCAACGACAGCAACAAGGAGCUAAUCUCUGCGCGUAAUCAAGAGAUGGCGGCGAUCUGCGACCUUCAUCCGACACGUUUUGCCUUCUUUGCCAGUCUGCCACAUCUGGCCGAUACUGAAGGAUGUCUUCAGGUCAUCGCGCACGCCUUCGACUGCUUGCACGCACAGGGUGUUGCUCUGCCAUCGUCGUGCGGCGUAGGACCUGAUGCUCUAUACAUCGCUGACAAGGCGUUCGCUCCCGUGUGGGAAGAGCUCGAUAGGCGACGCGCUGUCGUUCACCUUCAUGGUACCCAGACGCCAUCUUCGACACCUUACCCAGGACCGUUCCUUGGUAUACCCAUCACGGAGGUCCCCAACGAGACAUACAAGGCUGCCGCCCAUCUAGUCGUCACCGGCUUCAAGCGCAAGUAUCCCAACGUCAAGAUCAUCCUAGCCCACCUUGGCGGAAGCAUGCCUUAUCUCGCUGCCCGCGUCGCCGCGCUGUCGCCUUACAUGGGCUGCCCUUUGACGCCAGACGAGAUUACAGAGGACUUCAAGAGCUUCUACUUCGACACGGCCCUCAGCGCGUCCUAUGUCAAUCUCCAGGCGAUUGAAACAUUCGCGGGAUGGGACCGUGUCGUGUACGGGUCCGAUUUCCCUGCGGUACCGUCCGAAACCAUCCAGUGGUACGAUGACCAUCUCGAUUCCUUCGCCGAGACAAAGGAAAGGAAGCCGGGCGAGUCAUUGCAUGCCGUACACGCCGGCAAUAUCGCGAGGAUACUGCAGAAAUAA